AUGGUGAGGCAGGACGAUUACAGAAAGGAGAUUUUCAUCAUGACAGCAUCGAUAAUAUGGAACCGCCGGAAUUCUCUGAAAUUUGGGCGUCCAGCAAUACCGGUAACCAAUAUCAUCCCAAGAGCAGGUUCUCUUCUUCAGGAGUUCGUGAUAGCUCAAGAAGUCCCAGAUGAACCACCAUCUCUUGCGGUCUCAACUCAGUGGCACCCUCCAGAGUUCCCGUAUUACGAAGCCAACUUCGAUGCGGCAGUUUUCAAAACAAGCUCCUCAGCUGGGAUUGGCGUGAUCAUCAGAGACAAAAAGGGCGAUGCAAUUGGUGCUCUCUCAGUUCCAACACCCCUCUCUACUUCAGUUGCAGCAAUGGAAGUGUUGGCAUGUCGAAGGGCGGUCCUCUUCGCCAAAGAAAUUGGACUUAGACAAGUUCUCUUCGAAGGUGAUUCUGCAAUGGUCAUUCAGGCUCUCAUCCAAGGCGAUUCAGCGUCAGCGGAGUACGGAAACAUCAUAGACGAUAUCAGGACUCUAGCUGCAGAUUUUGAUUUUUGUCAUUUCAUUCAUGUUAAACGCAACUGUAAUGUAGUUGCUGAUGCUCUCGCCAAGAAGGCUAAAAUUUUAUCGGGCCUAGCUGUUUGGCUUGAGGACGUACCAGAGGACAUAGCUCCUCUUCUGUUAUCUGAUGUUCCUUAA